GUAAUACUAGCUAGCUUUGACAGUGUGGUUGCAAUCAGAGAAAAAGUAGUUUUUUAGAUGUUUUAUGAAAGUAGAUGUUUAGAUGUUUUAUGAAAGUAGAAGGAAGGUUUUACUUGAUACGUUUGAAAAAUAGCUGCAAUUUAAAUUCAGUCUUAGGAAACAGAAGAAUAUGCAUGAGGGAGAAUUGAAUGCCCUAACUGCAGAAGGAGCCUCAGUUGAAUUUCAUUGUUUUUUGGGCACCAGCAAACAGCCUUGUGACACCACUGCAUAGGAAGUCAGUUUUCCUCAGAUCUGUGGCUCACGAAUUCUUGCCCUCAUUAAGAGGGAGAGAAAUAGGAUUGCAUAUCCUUGUUCUUUGUUUCUUGCCUCCAAGUGUUGCAGCAUCCCCUAGAAGGACAAGAGCAAGUUACGUUCGGUUUAGGUACGGCAUUUUCUGACUGGAAGAUCUUUCAACUGUGUUUUCUUUGCUAAGCAACAAUAGGCUGUAUAUUGCAUCAGUAAAGAAUUUGUGAAUCCACUGAGCUCCACCCUGUUUUUCUAAGAACUACCCAGCACUUAGGGAGGUGUCUGAUGGGUCACGUUCUACUGGUAGGCUCCGUGCAUUGUCAGAAUCCUGCCAUGGCUUUGAGAUGUCUUAAGCAGCUCUUGGUUGUGGAAAUGAGGUAGUUUGGGUAGAUGGCAUUAAGGGCGAGGGAAAAGUUGCAAUGCUAUGAAGAGUCUGGCUGACUGAAAGACUCAGGUACCCAGAGGACCAUCUGAAUCCUGUUGUGGUGCCCUUUUGUAAAUUGGAUGGAACCCCAUGCUAGAGGUUAUCUUCUGAAUAUGCCCAAUUUGCUACGUCAGUCUGCACCCAAGAUUGUUAUUAUGGUCCUAUAACUGAAGUCUUAUCAGAGUUCCUGCUGGCGUGAAGUCUCUGCUCUGUUAGUGAUGCUCUUUCAGAUACUUGCUGAUGUUGAUACUGUGUUGGUUGCGUGGCUGGCAACAUUAUCAGUCAUGUCCUGUAAGCAAACGUGCUGCCUAAAUUGAGUAGUGGGCAAAGAAAGUUUAUCAAUUCAGCUAUCCAAACCUUAACAAAAGUAAUACCUUUUGUCAUACGAACAGGUUGCAUUUGUAUGUGGAGACAUGGGGAAUAGCGUUUACUAAAAAUUAUGAUGAUGAAUGUGGUUUUGAGCAUGUGUGUGUUCUGUAAAUGUUAUGAUCAGCCUCUUCACACAUAAUUUUUCAAGAUUUUCUGAUUGAUACUACGCAUAUUUCCCCAUAUGGACAGCUUUGAAUUCCCAACAGAGAAUUCAACACUUAACUCUGAAUAUUUAGAAAAGAUUUGCAGUGGAAGUGAAUGUCUGCCAACAGUAAUUCUGCUGAGAGAUGAUCAUUCUGUGUGUAUAUAUAUAUUUUUUUUUUAUUUUAUUUUUUUUGCUGGGAGAAAAUGACAGCCCCUCAGUGUUUGAAAAUGUGGAAAAAGUGCAGUUUGAAAGAAUGAAAGCCUUGAACUUGAUCCUUCCACUGUGGAUUCUGUUCCUGUUGAAGUUGUUUGGUUGGCAGACAGAGGAUUGGGUUUGGUUUAAUGCAGAUUUCGUUAGGUAACAAUUUCGUUAGGGCUGGUACUGUUGGCUACGGUUGGGAUAGGGAAAGAAGGGAUAAGGGACGAUGAGAUGAGACCUGCGAAGACGUGAGGUGGCAAAAAUGGCAUUUAUCGCAGCCAGAAAGGAAACAGUUUUGAUUGCCUCAAUGCAAAAUGAGGGAGAAGGUUGUACAAAGUUGAUGCUAAGAUCCAAGUUUAAGCAUAUUCUUAAUAAAUGCCUUUUACAGUUAAAGGUAAGUGUAUGAGUACCUACAUGCUUUUGAUAUUGCCUGUUCAAAAAGGCUGAGCUUCAUUUGACUUAGCAGCAGUUGUUCUAGUGGAGGUGUCAGUAUCUGCAGUGUGUUUCCAGUUGCUCUAUUACACCUUUCAAAAUAAGACCAAAUAUUUGUUUGCAACUCCAAGAGCUGUUUAAUUUAAAAAUUAUCUAAAUUUUAUGUCAAUCAAGUCCUGAGUAAUUGGGAAGAUGAUGAAUGUGAAAAUGAGCUUGACUACUGGAAUCCAAAUUAGGAAUAGCAGGAGGUCUUGAGCAAGCUGCAGUUCAGUUCUGUCUUUUUUUCUUAGGGAUUUCAAAGACAUGCAAGAAACUGUUCUAAAUGAAGCUUGCUUAUGUGUGUUGUCUUUUGCAAAGCCUUUGAGUGACUUAGAAACUUAGAAAUUCUCUAGCUGGGCAGACCUACCCACACCCACCCUACAUGCUUGCAUGUUGAUGGGUCUUUAGUUGAACUCUCCUGAAAGAAAAACACCAGUGUUUUGAGACAGAUGAAUUAAUCAUAUAUCGAAAGAUUCAGUGAUGAAAGAGGCUGUUUGGGGUUGCUUGGGAAAGUUUCUGUAUUAUCCUGAAAUAGAAAGGAGGGUAAAAACCUUUUUGUAUUGGUAUAAGAGAUGUACUUCUGUAAAAAAUCAGUAGAGGGCAGAGUGAAACUUUAGAAUGAAGGAGCCCAGCAUAGAUGUUCAGCACUGCAAAGCCGAAUGGAGUUCAGGGUUAAAAUGUAGAAUUAUGCUAAACAUUAAACAGUCUGGAGCAGAAAGCACUACUGACAGCUGAAUAUUCUUUUAGAAGAUAAAUAGAACAUUCACGCUUUGGAUAUGUCCAAUUGUGUGCAAAUUUGAGGUCUCAUGCCUUUCCAUAUACAGGAGAAUAGGGAUACUGCUGUCACAUUGACUGGAUGCAGAUCAGCUGUUAAGAUUUCUGUUUAGCAUUCCAGGUCUAUAAUUCAUCACACUCAUUGCAGUAGGUUCUCCUGCUUUAUUUAAUGACUGAAUCCAAUGUUCAGAGUUCAUAAAGCUCUUCAAGAACUUCUGUUCUACCUGAAGCAACUUUUGGUUGUGCUUGCCAAUACUCAGAAUAUUGUAGUAGUAGAGAUUGCCAUGUUUAUAGGGACACUCUGUCUGAGGGUUUAUUCUACUUUCUUGGCCUCGCUUAGUUACCAAAAACAGUACUAAGUCUGCACUUACAUCAGUAUUGAACUGUAGGAAUACAAUAAAUUUAAAAAUCAGAGCACAGCAUUUGCUAAGGGAACACAGAGAGGUCAGGCAUGAUGGAGGUGGAAGUGUGAACUGAGAAGGAUUUCUGAAAACACGGUUUGUGUCCAUUCCAAAUUCUUCUGUGUGUACAACACACAGCCCUCCAAGUUUGCUUGAUCCUUUUUUUCUUUUUUUUUUUCUCUAAAAUUGAUAGGAGUAUAAAUUAAUUUUCUGAUUUCAUAGAACAGUAUCUUGGGAGUGAAGAAAGCUCAUAGAUUUUCAUUGGGAACUCUCCUGUGGUAUAAUUAAUGUUCUGUUUUUAACCACUAUCAGAACAAGUGCUUUAAAUCCAUCCAUAUUUACAUAUUGUGUCCAGAGUGUUUCUUGUAGAAUGAGAAAAUAAAGCAGUGCAGUCUAUGUAUACUGUACCAUCAAUUCCCUUGGAUGUUUUCUGACCUCUUUUAGAAAAGAUCUUAAGACUAAAGGUUUUGCUAUCUUAAAGCUGCUGCCAUUCUCACAUUUUAUUUUCUCUGGUAGCUCAAGACUUGUUCAUUAUGAAAGGAUAACUGUUCUUAACAAAAUGAUCCUAUUUAGAAGCUUCAUCUGACAUUAUCUCUGGCCUGAAUGCUCUUCCCAGAAGCAGAUAUCCACAGUGCCCUUUGCUGUAUCUGUAUUGUUCUGGCUUGUUGCUUGGGCAUUCUCCUGAGAUCCCUGUUGGGGUUUUGUUUGGUUUACUUAACGUUAGUACAUAUCCAAAGCCAUCUCUGUGACAUCCUGAAUUUCUGCUAUCCUCAGAAACAAAAGCAAUUCUAAUCUCUACAUCCUAGUAAUCACUGGAAGGCAAAGAUUUCACAGUGCAAGUAGAGAUGGGUUGCUCCUGCAGUACAUCAGUUUUGUGCUGAAGCUGAUCUAAAUUACAAAGGUUAAAAAAAAAAAAAAAUUGCCUAGGCAAAACCUCUGGGACUGUAAUGAGGAGCUGAGCUACGCUCAAGAGGCCAUGGGAGCCACCCUCCUUAUGUCAGAGGGCUUGUUAAUGACCUGUCAUGAGACAGACUUCAGAAAUGAAAUGGAUGUCCAAGAAUCUCAACCAGGAGUGUGUCCUGCACAGCCAAGAUGUCUUCAGCUCAGUUACUGCCAGCUGGAGAUACCAUUAAAUAGCUAACAGAACAUGACAACGCAGAAGAGACCUUAUCCCAGGAGUGUUAAUUUCAUAGUUUGUCCUACCAGCAUCUAUUCGGUUACUGUCCACAUGAGAUUCUUAGAGCAGAGAACAGCUACAUUUAUUUUUAGAUGUCUCUGUUUGUUUGUUCUUUUUAUUCUUUUUUCUUGUUUCAUAUUUAUGAUAAAGCUAAUGGAAAAACUAAGAUGCUUAAAAAUACCUUCCCUCUGCCUAGUUUUCAUACAGUACUCCACCAGCUUUUCCACCUUGGUGUUAGAAGAUCUUUGCUUCUCUCCUUUUCUGUGCCCUUGCAGCAUCAUGCAAUAGCAUGGAAAACAAAUAAUGGAAUUCAAUAAAAUUAAGAAAGAACUUUUCAGAAGUCAUCCAGUGCUGUUGUGGAUAACGUUUGUGUUACUGUCCUUUAUUGUACUUAGAGAAUAAAAUAAUGCCUCAAAUCCAUAGGCUGACACUUUUUCCUUCCUGCUGCAUGUGGAGUGUCCAGGACCCUGAGAGCUUCCUCUCACUAAUCACAUCUUAAAGGAUAGAUUGGUCUGCGUGCUUACUGUGUUUUGGAAGGAUGAAACAACCACAGUUCCAUACCUGGACAUCUCUAUUGUCCACUUCUUAUUGUCUGUCCUGUUUAAGAGUUUCUUGCAGUGCUGAGCAAAGUAAUUAAAUACAGUUGAGCAGCUGUACCCAUCAGCCCUUUAACAGUACUCAUUAGUUAAAGUCAGUUUAUAAGGUGUAUGCAAUGUCAUUUUAUUAAUUUGCCUUUCCUACGUGCUGCUCUAUCCACUGCAGAUAUAAUGCUUUCCUCUUCUACACUCAUAGUGCUACUGGACAUUAGUGUCAUCCUCAAGUUACACUUCAAAGGUCUCUUCUGUGGUCAGAUAUGUAAAAAAAAAAGCAAGUUCCCAUAAAACAGUAGGAUCUCUUGGAAAUUUCCAACUUUGUUUUGAAAUACCUUUUUUAUUCUCUCAAAUGUAAACCCUAUUGUAUCUAAACCUUUCCUUAUGCAUGAAGUAUCUAACAAAAAGCUUUUAAAAGCAGAGAAGAAGAAAGUAAGAUGGUUCUCAGAACAUUAGCUGGAUUAUACUGUCAUAUGUGCCUACAAGGUUCAGGACCUCUCUAGGAUCUACCCCAGAGAACUUCCCUUCGGUCAUGCAAGUCUUGCAUCCUGGAGAAAAACCCUGUAGUUGGUGAGCUGCAAGUCCAUCUGAGGAUAAAGGAACAACAAAAAUGGCACAACAAAUCUUAGCAGCAGUCCUUUUUCUUCCCCUGCUUUCAGCCAGCAGUGACAUAUAUAUGGCUAUUGUUGAGUUUCAAGAUGUCACACGCUUAAUUCCAUCAGCAAAGUUCCUGUAACUUAUUUACCAAUCACAAUGAGCCACUGACUUAGUGUUGAACACACUGUGGUGACCCCCAUUGCUUCCUCCUACUGAGGGGAAUUUAAACUUUCUUUUUUUAAGUCCUUGAACUUGGAAUGAAACACUAAUUCCCAGCUCAGGAACUUGCAAAUUAUGCGGGAUGAAAACAACCUACCAUUGGGCUGUCGGUGUCCAAAACUGAAACCACGCUGUAAGCGAAGUGUCAGACUGACCAGAGAUCUGAUGAGCAUCUGUUGGCUUUUCCUUGUAUUUCUCUAAAUACAUCUUUUUUUCCUACUUUGGCAGAGUUGUCAGUAUGUUCAAGACACGUAUUUGAAAGGAGGGAACUAGUGGAAGAGCAGCAACUUUUGAAGAUAAAAAUCUUAUCCUUUUUGUUGCAUAUUUGAAAAGCAAUAAAGGAUAUGUAUGAGUUCAUUUUCUUUAAACCUUGAAACCUUGGCCCCAUUUCAUCAAGAUGCAAAGGAGUGUAUUACAUACUGCUUCUCAGCUGGCCCAUGGGAUGUGUUUGUUGUUUCCUCGCACUGGUGCCUUUCGUGGCUUAAAAGGACCAUCGGUGUCAUCUAAUGUUGGAUGCAAAGUGAUUUUGGCACUGGACCCUACUAAACGAUGUCUUCAUGCAGGUGCAGCACUCUUUGCCUCAAAGAGCAGUGCUGUUUCAUCACAGCCAGCAGACACUCCUAGGAAAGUACCAGAAGAGAGAGAACCUUUGACUUCAGCCACUGAAGUACCCAAGCAGAGCCCUGUAGAGUCAGAUGCUUCAGAUCCUGAUCCGUUACAAGACAAAUCAAUUAGUCUCGUUCAGAGAUUCAAGAAAACUUUUAAACAGUAUGGAAAAGUCAUGAUUCCUGUUCAUCUUGUGACUUCCACUGUGUGGUUUGGAUCCUUCUACUAUGCAGCCAUGAAAGGAGUGAAUGUUGUUCCAUUCCUAGAGUUGAUUGGCUUACCAGACAGCAUAGUAGACAUCCUGAAAAAUUCCCAGAGUGGAAAUGCACUGACUGCAUAUGCAUUGUACAAAAUUGCAACUCCUGCCAGAUAUACUGUGACUCUGGGAGGAACAUCCAUCACUGUUAAAUAUCUGCGUAAGAACGGCUACAUGUCCACACCACCACCAGUAAAGGAAUAUCUACAAGACAGGAUGGAGGAAACAAAGGAUAAAAUUACAGAGAAAAUGGAAGAAACAAAGGAUAAAAUCACGGAAAAAAUGGAGGAAACAAAGGAUAAAAUCACGGAGAAGAUACAAGAAACCAAAGAUAAAGUUUCGUUUAAAAAAAUAAAGGACUAAGAGAUGCUUAAUUUUUGGAGAUCCCUUACUUAGCACUUUAACCUUUUUUGAGGCAGGAGAUACAAAGUGCACUUCUGAGCUUUCUUGGAUUUUUUGGUUUUGGUUGGUUUUUUUUUGUCUGCAGACUACAGUGUCACUGUGGAUAUAAAAUUACGUAUAUUCUUGAAGGCUGAAGUUUCCUGGGAGAGAUAAAUUGUGACAAAAUUACAAUUGACAGAAGCAAAAAGAAGUUUCAGAUGAGAAGUUCAUAUCCAGUGGUAAUAGUGUUAACAGUUACUUGUCAAACUGCCACCUCCCCCACCCCCCGUUUUUGUUUUUGUUUUUUUGUCUAAAAGAAGAUUUCACAUUAAAGCCAUUACUUUACUCCUCCAUCUUAGUGCACAGCCAUUAUUCCAUCAGACUGAAUCUUCUGAUAAACGAGAAUGAAGAUGUCUCUACUGGGGAAGAAAACUUAUUUUGUAUUUCCAGGUAUGUGUGAACUCAGACCUCCUUAAUCGUGAUCAUCUCUCACUUGGAGACAGACCAUUGUCACUGAUACUGCACAUGAAGAAAAGAAUGGAUUAGUUAUUCAGUGUGAAUGAAUUCAUAAUAGCUACGUGGACUUCAGCUGAUCUAUGAUAGUUUACAGGUUGGGACUGCUACAAACCUUUCUUGGAAAGUGCAUCUUUUCAGAAAUCUCAACUGCAAACUAUAGGAAGAUGAGUUAAUCACAACAGCCAUACUGUCAACUAUACUGUCUUUUUCUAAAGUUGAUUUUCAGUAGAAAGUUAUUAAAAUGAAUCAAUAAUUGUAUAUUAAAAAUUAGGACUUUUUUAUGUUGAAGUUUACAAAACUGUUCUAUUAUUUCAUGGUAGCCCUAUAGCAACAACAACAACAACAAAAAUAUCCAGAAGAGAAGUUUACUCAAAUAAUAGGUAUACUAAUGGAACUUUUUAAAAUACAUGCAAAGUUAGAGUUAAAUCCCAAAGUUUCUCUUCCUAUCCAAGAAUCCCUCGGAUAUCUGCAGAACAGUUUAGCUUUGCUGAGACAGUGAUCACAGUCUAGCAGAAUUUCACUCUAGAUUUUCUCACAUCGAGCAAAUACUUGUUUGUAUCUGAAAUGCUGAAAGGACUAAAGUUGAAACUGCUCUGUUUGACUAGACUGGCAAGCUUCUCUCUUAGUUCUACUCAAAUUUUAGGCUGAACUGAGUGGAUUUUUUUCCUGUUUCUGUAACAGACCUCACUUCUAGUAAAUCUCUGCAUGCAUAUUUUGCUUAACAAAGGUGUUGGUUUUUUUGUGGGUUUGUUGUGUGGUUUUUUUUUUGGCAAGGAGAUAGAUAAGUAAAGCAGCAGAGUUGGACCCUAAGCAUUGUAACCAAGAUAAAAUAACUGAUAAAGUAUCAUUUCUGCCCCACUCUUUUUCAGUGAAGUCACCAAGAACCUGUCCACAUUUAAGUGCAUUGAACUUCAUUAACUCAAUUGUGCAGGACUGAUUGCAUACUUCUUUGCCUCUGUCCAUGUGUCAAAAUAGUAACUGCAAUCUAUUGCCUACCUCACAGGGCUGUUGUGAGGAGUAAUCAUUGUAUAUUCAGUGUCCUGAAGAUGUAAAGUGCCACAUUUCUGACAAAUACUAUUAAAAAGUAAUUCUCUCUAA